CCCUCUGCCAAGCUGUUUAAGCGUAACUUGAAGCAUGGAUGUGGCUGCGGCGGAAAACGGGUCUGCCAGGUCCCUGACAACGUACGGUGGGACCUCUCUUCUCUCUCCACUGCGGCGUCGUGACGCUCCGGUUCAGACGGGUCUACGACUCCACGGUAGUGACUUAGUUUGCGGUGGUGGGCGAGUACGAGGUAAGCGAAGGGGCAGUUUUGCCCCGACUGCUUCUGCUGCUGCUGGUGCCGCCAUCGUGGGCGCCGCCGCCGCCGCCGCCAGAGGACUGGAAGCCAUUGGUAAUACACAGAAUGCGCAAUGAGGGCUACACGAAGAGUAACUCCACGAGGAAGGCUGUCGAUGUGCAUUUGUAAGUGCGGAAAAUGAUGCUGAAACGUACGUCACCUUUGUUUGAGCUGGCUCUUCAUGACCGUCUAUAAAAGAACCGCGUGUAAGUCAAUCAUCGAGACGAGUCCAUCCAGAACAGCAAGCGACAGCGACAGCUACUCUAAGAUCAGCUUCUUCGAGCCCCCAUCAACAAUACAAACCUUCUCCAUUGACAGACAAUACUCUCCUGCACUCAUCAUCAUCAUCAUCAUCAUCAUCAUGUCUCGCAUACUCUCCCUCGGCAUCGGCAACAUGGGCGCCGCCCUCGCCCGCACCCUCCUCGCCUCCAACCCAUCCUCCCCCCUGACCAUCUGGAACCGCACCGCCGACCGGCCCCUCGUCAAGGCCCUCACCGCCGCCGGCGCGCACUUCCAGGGAGACGUCGCCGCGGCUAUUGCCGCCUCCGACAUCAUUCUCAUCUGCGUCCUGGACUACGACACCAUCUACUCCGCGCUCUCCCCCUUGGCAGACUCCUCGUCCGUCCUCGCCGGCAAGACCAUCGUCAACCUCACCAACGGCACCCCGCGGCAGGCCGCCGCCGCGCAGGCCUGGUUCCGCGAGCGCGGCGUCGCGCGCUACUUUGACGGCGCCGUCAUGGUCACCCCGCAGCUCGUCGGCACGCCGCACGCCUUCUUGCUCUUCUCGGGCGAGACCGAGGCCGCCUUCCGGUCGAGGGUCGCGUCGCCGCUCGCGUCCGUCGGCAAGGCGCUGUACACGGGCGAGGACGUGGCCUCGGCGGCGACGGAGGACGUCGCGGCGCUGGCGGCCAUGUACGGCAUGUUCUCGGGCGCCUUUAUCGGCAUGGGCCUCGUCAAGAGGCAGCUUGCCAGGGCGGCGGCGGCGGAUACCAAGAAGGAAGGCAGCAGCGGCAGCGCCGCAAACGUCAAGGUCACGCCCUCGGUGGAGAGCGUCAUGAUCCCGAUGCUGACCGCGCUGGUACCAUACGUCGCGCUCAUCGCCAAGGCGGUCGACGAGGAGGCGUGGGACGACGACAUGGGCAACCCUUUGGGGAUGCAGCUGGCGGGCGUGCGCAACAUCCUGCAGGCGUGCAAGGACGAGGGGGUCAAUGGAGGUGCUCUGGAGACCCUGGCGGGACUGAUGCAAAAGGUUGUGGACGACCGCGGUGGCGCCGGGGGUGUCCCUGAGGUCGCCAGGUUCAUAUUAGAGUAG